AUGCAAACAUUGUCCGGGAAUUUUCUUAAGCUGCAAGUCAAAUACUUUCGUGUUAUAGGCUUUGAUAUAAUCGGAAGCAAACGCAACUGGCUGCAACCUUGGAAGACCAUUGUCCUGAUGGUUGGUGUAUCCAUAACUCAGUUUAUGGUCGUCUCCUUUAGCAUUGCCAAUUUUGAGGACAUUGAAAAGCUAACCGAUGCACUGACCGCAAUGAUAAUGAAUCAUUUGUCAUUGUUGAAUUAUUUGUGGGACAAUCGAAAGCUGCACAAUUUUCUCAUUUCCUGUGGAAUAUUGAACAUUGCCAGCUUUGGCGUUGUUUUAUCCACAAUCGCUCUAGAUACUUUUUACGUAUCUUUAACACACAAUUUGGUUGCUCUCUUCAAGACAGCGCAGUACAAAAUGCAGUUCUUCGCGGUUACAACGCCACAAGAGACAAAUGAUCGGCUGCGUGACAUUAUAUAUCUCUAUAAGGUCAGCUUGGACAUGAGUAACCGACUGAAGCACUUCUUUCGUCUGCUAAUCUGCAUUCAAAUGGUUCUCACUUCAGUACAUUUGUGUGUUCUCAACUUUACACUUUCCUACAACUUUGGCCAACCCCAGAUGUUCUUCUAUAUCGUGUUUAUUAUCGCUGUUCUUAUCCAACUUCUCAUUUAUUGUCACUGCGGUGAGUAUCUUAAAACCACUAGCCAAGGGUUUGCUGUGGCCAUCUACGAUAGUCCUUGGUAUGAGACAAUCGCAGUGAAUCCUGCAAUUGGACGGUAUCUGCAAAUCUCAAUGAUGCGAUCUCAGCGUGCCAUUCAAAUUGAUGGCUACUUCUUCGCCGCAAAUAUGGAAGUUUUUCUAUCGGUGAAUAUUAUAAAUUACAGCAAUUUCAUAUUAAUACAUAUGCUUUUUUUAAUCUACAGAUUGUAAUGACAGCCAUGUCAUAUUU